AUGACAAAAAAAGCGAACGACUGCUUUAUUAAUGCCAAUAUUAUUAAUCCUCAUGCUUUAUCACUUUAUCAACAAGAUCGUGCUCGAAAUUUAUCGGUGAUUAGAAUGAAGCAACGUGAAGAUCCGGUCAAAUCGAAACGUCCCGAUUUACCAAUGAGUGGUGCAGAACAUGGUGAACGAUUAGAUGCACAUGGUUCAACGUUAAGUGGUUAUAUUAUUAAAAAUAUUAUUCUUCAAAAAUUAUCUGAUCAUAAAGAAGAUUCAAGAGCAGCAUUAUUGAAAUAUGCUGAAAUAUGCGGAAAUAGAUCCAUAUUGGGUGGUACCCGCUUAUGA